GGCAGUGAGAAGGACACGGUGAAUAACCCAAGUUCAAACAGGGGCGUAUUCCUUUAACUGAUGAGUAAGACAGCAGGACUUUUCUGUUGUUUCUAGGUUGACAUUUAAACAUUUCACUUUCAACCUCUAAAUAAAACCAAAACAGCGAAGCAACACCUGCAAACACAGACCCACUGUACUAGAUAAAAGCUAAAUCAGCAGGACUCUCUGCUCUUACUGAAGACAAAAACGUUUGUGACCGCACAUGAUGGCAGCCUGGACUGGAUGGAUACUGCUGAUGUGUGCGGUCCUCACUGGGCAAGGGUCAAAGGCUCAGGAUUGUGGGCUGGCACCUCUGAACACAAGGAUAGUGGGUGGUGAAAAUGCAGCAGCUGGGGCAUGGCCUUGGCAGGUCAGUGUGCACAUCAGUAUCGCAAGGUUAGAUCAACACAUCUGUGGAGGGACCCUUAUCAGUGACCAGUGGGUACUCACAGCAGCCCACUGCAUCAUAACAAACGUUCUUAAUGUAUGGAUUCUCUACUUUGGAAGAGAAACUCAGUCUGGUCCCAAUGUUCAUGAGGUGAACCGCACCGUGUCCCAGAUCAUCGUCCAUCCUGACUACAACAAUGUUCCGUUCAACAACGACAUUGCCCUAAUGAAGCUCAGCAGCCCUGUCAAUUUCACUGACUACAUCAGACCUGUCUGCCUGGCAAGUAACUUCAGCCAGUUUUACAACUCCACCCCCUGCUGGGCCACUGGCUGGGGCAGACUUGGAAAGGAUGAGCCCAACGUAGCCUUUGACUCACUGCAGGAGGUUCAGAUUCCUGUCAUUGGAGAAAAGCAGUGCAGUUGCGACUACCUCCCAAUACAAGGACAAAACAUCACUGACAAAAUGAUUUGUGCAGGACAAGAGAACAAAGGAGCAUGCCAGGGGGAUUCCGGUGGACCUUUGCAAUGCAAACAAUCCUCAAUGUGGAUCCAGGCUGGCAUUACCAGUUUUGGAAUACCUUGUGCCCUAGCUGGUUUUCCUGAGGUUUAUGCACGAGUGUCUGAGUUCCAGACUUGGAUCAUGGAUCAAGUGAUGGGCGCGAAUGUUCACUUUGUGACAUUCAGAUCCAGUGGCACCGACCAGGACAACAGCUUUGUGUGUCGCAGCUCCGUCCCUGGAAAUGCAACCACAGCAGCUCCAAACGCAACUUCCACACCAUCAACUGAACUUACAUUGGUUGUCAUCUUAGGGACACUGUUCCUGCAGCACAUUGUAGCUCCAUAGCACAGGUUUCAACUUACAACUUCUCAAUUUCUUCUUCUGUUGUUUUGGGAGAUUUUGUCUUAUAAAUAUAGUCUUUGUAAAAUGAUUUAAAAACAUGAUGAUUCUAGUAGAGUUUGUGUGGUGAAAGAGUUGUCACACUGUAGAUUUGAAGCAUGGUUUCGUCUCUGUUGUAACUUCUCUUUUAAUGGCCUAUUCAACACAGUCUCACUCCCUACUCGUCAAAUAUCUGACGCAUUGGUCAAGGACCCCUGGCAUUAAGUUUUAACGAAACAGGGAUACCUGUUGCGUUAUUUUUCGACGUGGGGAUCCGUCAGAUAGACAUUCAUGUUAAUCCCUUACCGUCGGAUAUAGACGAAAGAAAAAACACCCCCCCUUAACUCGAAAUCUGUGGCAGUUUUAUUAUUGGUAUUUUGAGCCCAAUA